GCUUCUGCAUAAUAGAUCCAGAGGUCGAAGAGGAAUAUCUGGAUACUGUACUGGCCGACAUCUCUGCCGUUGACGAGCAGGGCAGAUUCGUCUCGCUUCCAUCUGGCAUUGUAGAGGGCCUUCUGGGCAAAGAGGGCUCCUGCCGCGUGGCCGAUGUCGGUGUCACAACCGAGCAUGCGAUGGUGUCAGUGUUCACUGAAAGCUUUGUGCCGCGGGCCUCAGUUGUCAUGGACACAGACCGGAAGCUGUACCUGGCCAACCUGCCACAGGAUAUCGCCGAGGAAGAGCUCCGGGAGGUCUUCGGUGUAUACGGCCGAAUAGAAGAGGUGAUCGUCCUCGGGUCGAAAGCUGCAGACAGGACCGACCGCACGGGGUUCGUCAAGUUUGUAGACAAGGAGGAUGCAGCCGCAGCGCUGGCUGUCCUCAACGACAUGUACCAGUUUCGCGAAGACUCGGAGACGGUUCGCGUUAGCUGGGCCAGGCCUCAUCGCGACGACAAGGGGCACAAGGGCCAUGGUCAUGGCUAUGGAUACGCAGGAGGCCAAUCAGGUGGCAAGGGUCCACCGAUGCCGCCACUUCCUGCACCGCCAAGUGGAGGACCUCCGCCCCCGCCGCCGGCAGCUCCGCCGCCCCCGCCCAUGCCAGCUCCGAAAGGCGGAGGGGGCUUCAGAGGGCCUGGCCAGGGCGAGAAGCUUUGGGUUGGUAACUUGCCCGGUGACAUCACCGAGACCGAGAUGCACAAGGCAUUUGGGCAGUUUGGCAGUGUUGACGAGGUCAACAUUUUGCCAGCUAGAUCCAGGAGCGGUCAGCUCUGUGCCUUUGUUCGCUAUGCCACGCCUGCAGAGGUGACGGCUGGGGCAAGGGUGGCUGGGGCCACGGUGCUGCCUGUGGUGGUUGCGGCGGCUGCAGCGGCUGCGGUGGGUGUGCAGGGUGCGGAGGAUGCGGUGGAUUCCCCGGUUGCGGCGGCUGCGGCGGCUGCCAAGGCUACCAUGCUGCUUGUGGUGGCUGCGCUUGUGGCGGCUGCGCUUGUGGCGGCUGUGGAGCAGAUGGCCAGUGGGUCCAGGGCUGCGGAGGCCUCGCAGUGGAACCGCUCGUGGUUAGUCGGGGACAGAUCUGCAAGCAACUGGCGAGGUCUGCAGCAAGUGGCUGAGAGUCAUGAGCAGCCACAGGCCAUGUUCAAACGAAGCAUUGCCAGAUGGCAACAAAGGAACGGGACGCUCGAAUUGAAGCCCUGGGACGAGGAUGCCGAGUCCAUGCAGGUGUCCAUGAGACCUGGUCGCCUGGUAAUUGCUCGUGCCGAUGCGCUUCACCAUCGCUUUUCGUCUGUGGGCUGUGCCUACUGCUUGACAUGUUUUUUCAACAACAUCGUCGCAGCGGAGCAGGAGCCGGUGAGCCCGUGUGGCUUCGCCCUGCAACAGUGGGCCAAAGAGAGGAUGACUCGCUACAAGCAGAGCACGGUGCAGGAGCAGAGAUACAUGGAGAUGCCCCGGGACUGGGAAGAGAAAAUCAACCGAGAGAUGGUAAAUACGCAGCGGAUUGCUCUUCGAACAGCCUGCACGAAGCAGCCUGGAACGGAAGAUCCGCUGGGCUUUGCCUUGGCCAUGAAUUCUGGUCCAGACUACGCGCUUAGCGUCCCCAUGAUGAGAUGGGAGCACGAGAUGGUUUACGAAGACGAUAUUAUGGCAUGGCAGCAUGGGAAGACGUGCUGCAUGCACGGUGCGUUCAUCGAAGGCAUUGAGCUCUUCGACUGCACUGCCUUCCGGAUUUCGAGGGCAGAAGCUUCCGGCAUGGACCCCGGCCAUCGUCUCACCUUGGAGACAGGGUACGAGGCGCUCGUGAAGGACGGCUACCGAGCCAACACUCUCAUGAACAGUCGGGGCGGCGUGUACGUCGCAAAUCCUCCGCCAGUGGAGUGGGCAAUGACACCCAAGGACAUCGCUGCCGGCGGGGUGUGUGGUGGUGGUGGCAGCAUCGCCUGUGGCCGCUUCUCCUUCGUGCAUGGCCUCAAGGGCCCGUGCAUCAGCGUCGAUGUUGAGGGAGCCUCCUCACUGGUUGUCGUGAACUAUGCUUGUGCCAACUUGUCCUGGACGGGCGGCUGGGAGCCCAUCCCCUUCGCGCUCUGCAACAGCUGGAACCUCCAGCUGAACCCUGCGCCGUACGUCCACCUAAGCUCGUGCGGACUGCUGUCGCCCAAGGGCCGAACCUUUGCGUUCGAUGCUUCUGCCUGUGGCUACAUCCGUGGAGACUGUGUGACCUCCAUCGUGCUUAAGGCAGGCAACGUUGAGGGAGAGGCGGAGAACGAACUUGGAUACCUUGCCGGAAGUGCCACGAAUCAGAGUGGAAGGAGAAGUCACCUUGCUGCCCCUGACUGUCUCGCACUGCAAGAAGUGAUUCACGAGGCCUUGCGGCAAACACAGAUUACUGGUCUGGAUGUCGAUGCGGUGGAAAGCUGUGCGGAUGGCAAGAUCCUGGACGAUUCCCUGGAGGCGACCGCCUUUGCUCGAGCGUACCGACCACAGGGCACCCUGAACGUCGAUGAUACAGCUCCGCUUGGCAUCAUCUCAGCCAAGUCGGGUGUCGGAAACCAGCUGGAGGCCGCGGGCAUCUCACAGAUCCUCAAGGUGAUCUUGGGAUCACGUGCAGCAGCCUUCCACCCAACGCCCCAUCUUAGGAUCGUGAAUCCGCACAUCGACAUAGAGAUGUGCGAGCGGAAUGCCAUAAUCGCGGGUGAGAGCUUGGACUUCAGACUGCCGUCAACUUACACGGGUUCAAGCCUUAGUCGCUGA